AUGGUCACUAUCACCCCGAUGAUGUCUCCUCUUAUUGACACAAGCGGUGGACUAGUCCGCUCCAUGCAGAGGACUUUGUCUGGCAGGAGAAGUCGGUCUUUGACAGCUGUCCGCAUCACCGACGAGCUUUUCAACCUCCAAACACCACAGCGAGCAAUCCUCAUUCGGCAACUCAAAGAAACGCUAGUAGACCAUCUUGUGCCAGCGCCGUUCUGGGCCUGCGUCCAGGUGUGCGAUAUCGCCAACCUCGAGUUCAUCAUCCUGCUUGCACAGCUGUCGGACAAGGCCAUGUGGGUCGUCACAGACCUUUGCUGCGCCUUGCCGUACAAAUGGAUGCAGCGCCCAUCCCCAUGGAACGACCUCCGGACCGACCCAACAGAAUCCGUCUUCGAGCCCCGCGGCACCUGUUUCAGGACUGCCCGCCUCGCGGCCAGAGAGCGAGACGGGCAAAGAUGCGUCCUGACCGGCGCGCGCAACAUCUACCAAGUCGCUCAUAUCUACCCAACCUAUUUCGACGAAAAAUCCUACGACUCGUCCUCGCCGACAAUCUGGCAAUUUGUGCGCUUCUUCUGGAACGCUGAGACCGCAGAGCGCUGGCACAAUGCUGUCUACAAUGAUCCUCGCGACCCGGCGAAAUCGCUGGAUACCUGCGCCAACCUGAUCUGCCUCCGAAACGACCUGCGCGCGGCUUGGGCGAAUGGCCUAUUUGCACUGCGUCCCGUUUCUCUGUCCCAUGAUGGCACAUCCAUGGAGGUGGAGUUCUACUGGCAGCCCAAACAAUCGCACAAACCGUAUGGAUUGGUGGAUAUCGCCAAGGAACCUGGUUCAUCGAAGGACAUGUGCAGCGUCGAUGACUUGAACGUUGUGCUUCCUACCAAAGAAAAUGACACAACUGCCCUUCGUCCCAUUGAGUCCGGCCACAUGUUCACGCUGCGUACGGACGAUCCGGUGAACCGCCCGCUUCCGAGCUACGACUUGCUCGAGAUGCAGUGGCAUCUCAACCGGAUUGUGGGCAUGUCUGCGGCGGCGGCACUCUUUCGUGAAGAUGAGAAUUCCGAUGACGAUGAUGAUGAGGAGGAUGAUGACAGUCGCACGGCAAAACCGCUUCUAUCGCAGCAACGGCAUGUGGUAGAGGAUUGGAUCCAGAAGAGCUCCACACUUGUUUGGGAUCGAGCGGAUGAAAAGGAUUCAUGGGCCACACAUGAGAAAGAGAAAGAGAAAGGUACCAAUUUGGACUAUUUUUGA